AAACAAUAGAAGAAUAUAAAAGCUGGAAUAUUUUCGCGAUGCUCGUCAGUUUUAUUUGGUGAAGGGAUACAGCCGGAGGCCUCAAAUAAAGAAGCUUUAAAAUCUCUCAGCGAGUAAUCAUGUUGGACUUCUACUAUAUGCUCUACUCGGCACCUUGCCGUUCCAUCCUGAUGACGGCCCGUGCCCUGGGAUUGGAGCUGAACAAGAAGCAGGUGGAUCUGGAUGCCGGCGAGCAUCUGAAGCCGGAGUUUGUGAAGAUCAAUCCUCAGCAUACGAUUCCCACGCUGGUGGACGAUGGAUUCGCCAUCUGGGAGUCGAGGGCUAUACUGAUUUAUCUGGCCGAGAAGUACGACAAGGAUGGCUCCCUGUAUCCCAAGGAUCCCCAGCAGAGGGCCGUGAUCAAUCAGCGCCUGUUCUUCGAUUUGAGCACUCUGUACCAGAGCUACGUGUACUUCUACUAUCCCCAGUUGUUCGAGGAUGUCAAGAAGCCGGCUGAUCCCGAGAACCUCAAGAAGAUCGAUGAUGCCUUCGCUAUGUUCAAUACUCUGUUGAAGGGUCAGCAGUACGCCGCCCUCAACAAGUUGACUCUGGCCGAUUUUGCGCUCCUGGCCACCGUUUCCACUUUUGAAAUAUCGGAAUAUGAUUUUGGUAAAUAUCCGGAAGUGGUCAGGUGGUACGAGAAUGCCAAGAAAGUGAUACCCGGCUGGGAGGAGAACUGGGAGGGCUGCGAGUACUACAAGAAAUUGUAUCUGGGUGCGAUUUUGAACAAACAAUGACGGGGCUGUAAUAAAUAAUCUAAUCUGUAUCGGCCUGUUUGAAUAAAGAGUGAGACAUUGUGAAAUGACUCCAAGAGUAUGAUAAA